AUGCAAGCCAGGCCGUGGACGUGGCGGAACGAUGCUGCUGUUGUUCCUAUGUGCGCGCUGUGGACUUCAGCGGCUGCUGCCGACCCCCCGGAAGACACGAAGCUGAGCGACUUGCCUGGCCUCGUGUUCAACUUUGCAGCAGCUUGGGAGGAGCACAUCCGGAGUGGCAGUAUGUCGCUACAUGCCCUGAGUUUGGUUAGAAACGUGCUGCGAGCCGUGUUGGCGACACGUGGUGGCGAAACGAAGGAUGACGACGAGGAUAACGGCAGGCAAGCGGCUGCAUCUGAAGCAACACGUCCCGUGGUUGUCGCCCCGGCGGAGCUGGAGCAACUCCUGUGUCGAGGCGACAAGCCAAACGUGGACUUGCCACAAAAUGCACGUCAUGCUUCGGCUAUGAAUCUGUUGGACGAAUUGUGGGGCAGCUCGGAGGCUGCUCCUUUGCUAGCAGCGGACGCCAAAGCGGCCGUUCCUGGCACAUUGGAAAAACUGGAGGAACACAAGGCCGCGAGGUGGCGCCUGCUUGCACCAGACAGCAUGAACGAGCAAGGAAGUCGGCGAAACCGUUCUGGAGAGGCUUUCUGGUACCCGCCAACUGCAUGCACGCAGAUGUGGCGGUGGUUUGGAGACCUGCAGAUGUCAGCAGAGCCGCCGACAGAUUCGCAAGCUGAGUUCCUAGCAACGAUGUUGCGGCGUUUGCAACAUGAAGCCGCCGUUGAGGCCUGGCCAGAGCGAAGCUUGUCUCAAGAGCCGCCGUUGGUGCAUCUUGUGACCGGAGUGCCAGGCUGUGGCAAGUCCAGGCUGAUUUGGUGGUUGCGGCACUGUUUCGAGGAGUGCUUUGGCUGGAAGCAUGGGCGUGAGUACAUAUGCUUAGCAUAUCAGAACUCCAUGGCUUCACUGAUUGAGGGAGAAACAAUCCACUCGUGGUUGACAUUGCAACGUGACGGGCAUGGUGGCCCGACUGACAUGCAGGUGAUCGCCGGCCGAGUGCAAUUUUUGCGGUUCUGCUUGGUGGACGAAGUGUCUAUGAUACCUGCUGAGCUCCUUGCACAGCUUGAGUCCCUCGUCAGUCGGGUCUCUCGCGACACGAAGCUUUUCUGUAAAGACACAGCCGGUUGCAAGCAUCUGUUUGGCGGCUGCAAUGUUCUGCUUUUCGGAGAUGAAGCACAACUGCCACCUGUGUCCGAAACUGCUUUGUGGAGCGACCCGGCCAAGGCACCGUCUGCAUCGGCGCUGCAAGGUCUUAGGAUUGUGUGGGAUCGUCCACCCUUCGGUGUCGGCCGGCUAUGGCGGUUCAACAAGUCCAUGCGUUGCCCAGAUGUGUGGUUUGCGGCAGUGCUGGAUGCCUGCCGGCAGGGCAACCUGCCGCUGCAAAUGCAUGCUUUACUUCACGGGUACCCCACUCGACAAGUGACUGCACAAUGUGUGGGCUGUGAUGUUAUGUGCUCUUGUCCCGACGACCUGUUUGGCCCAGCUGAAGGUUGCAGACAUUGGAUCGAACGUUUUUUGGCCGGAGCAAGUGGCGCCGAGCUAAUCAAAGAUGAGUGUGCCGCCUGUGCUGCGAGACGUCAGCAAUGCCGGCGUGUGCUGCGGCCGGAAGAGCUCCGAAGCUCUGUGUGGAGACAACCGCCUUUCGACACUGCUCCGCUGCUGACGUCAUACAACGUCCCACGCUUCAGAGCUAUUCUUCUGCGAGCACAACAGUUUGCAGACACACACAGACGCGCUGUUUAUUGGGCAGCAGCACACGACCGGCCUCUGGCAGCGGCUGACUUGCAGCUGGACGAGUGCACUUUGCGGCAAAAGCGGCUGCGCUGGCUCAGUCGGCACGACCAGGAAACAUCCCACUUGGCAAGUUUGCUGCCAUUGGUGGAGGGUUUGCCGGUGCGCUUGACCGAGAAAGUGGACAAAAAGCUGCGCCUGUUCAAGGGCAAACGCGGGCAUAUUGUAUCUUGGACAUUAGAGGAAGGAACCGUGGCAACACCUUGCCAAGGCGGCUUUGUCUUGAGUAAACAACCGGCUGGCAUUUAUGUGCGGUUCCCUGAUGCGCAGUGGCAGCUAGCACCCACGUUGGCACGUGGCACAUAUCUGUUCACGCCGGCGACCAGGAGCUGGCUGUUGUGUCGACGAAGCGGCAUGUCGGCACUUCGCACCGGCUACUUUCUGGUGCCAGACUUCGCAACAACUGCCCACAUGGCCCAGGGACAAAGCUUGCCUGCACUUUUCUGCUGUGUGGACACGGACCCCGUCGCAGCCUACGUCAUGUUGUCCAGGACAACCGACCUGAAUGCACUUGCGAUACUGCGACCUUUUUCUUCACGCCUGUUUCGCAACGGCGCUCCACUGGGUCAGCAACUGCUGCAGCGCAAGUUCGAGGAGGACUGGAACUGGCAACGCUCGGUUGCAGAGUGGGCUCGGGCGACGUGUCUUCCUGAGCGCCGCCUAACACCGACGUACAUCUGCGCGGAGUGCCAGCUUCGAGGCCUCUCGCCAUGCGAGCACCCUUGGACAGCAUUCGGUGUAGAAACAGAAGCGCAGAUCUGGGCACAGGGCGAGUGGGCGCGCUGCCAGGCUUGCCAAUCUCGUCACGCUGGUGAUGUGCCGUUGGAGGCCAGAAGAACGUGCGAGCAGAGCAAAGCCGCCCCGAACGUCGCCUGGUGUGCAUGGUGCGAAAAAGCGUGCACUGCCUCCCAACUGACAGCCAAAUGUGUAGAUGACGAUGGCACACAACGGAAGGUGCGCUUGUGCCCCGACUGCACCUCUUGCCGUCAGUGCGGCAAACGACUGCGCCAUAUGAGAAAUUGCAGACGUGGCGGUGAGAAUCGUUGCCCCAAGUGCUUGCGCGAAACAGAAACCAGCAUCCAACGACUGAAGCAGCUGUGGCAGCUCAGCCGCCGCAAGCAGUGCCAGUGCCAGAAGCCGGUUCAUACAGAAACAUGCCCGAUGGCGCCAAGACAGUUUGGCGAGGCUAGCAGCGACAGUCCAACAAAACAAGUGAUCUUGGCGAGGCUUCCGCCCACUGCAGCCAAGGCGUGUCCGCCUGUUGCUCUAGCCGCAGUUGCACCUCCUCGCAAGAUGCCAGUGCGACCUGGCCAACCAGAAACUUCAGUUCGUGUUCUAAUUCCGCCGUUGGCCUUCGCGAAGGCACCUGCUGCCAAUCGUCUGGAUCGGCAACUGCAAGAUGCCAAGUGCCACCUGGCCAACCAGAAACUUCAGUUCGUGUUCUAA